UAAAAACUAAUUUUGAUUAGAAAAAUAGGAAAAUGAAAAAUUAACCGAAGAAAAACUAAGAAAACUGAUGAAUAAGUGAUAAAUUAUUGCGGAAAACUUGCAUCUAGAUCAGUUUUAUCUUUCCAUCCACCCUUAUUGAAUUUUUCUUCCUUUUUUUCUUAUAAAAAUAUGUGUUUUUUGUGCCAUGAAGAAGUGCUUAUUUUGAUCGUAUAAUUUUACUUCCAUAAUCCAUUUCAAGUGAUUUUUUACAUUGAUUUUUCAAUCUUAAUUUGAGAAAUGAAAUGAGCUCAUAUUCGUGUAAUGGAAAUGCUGAAACUACGUUGCCAUUUCAAACUAUUGAUCUUCACGUUACUCAUAAUAGCUUUCCUCAUAGCUUAUAAAUUUGUUAUAAUUCAACGUUACAUUUCUAAAUACAACGAUGGCGAAAGUCAUUACGCUGCAGUCCUCAGGCAUAAAGCAAAUGCUCAUUAUUACGGAAAUAAUCUAGUCGAUAUGAUCCUAAAUGACCAAAUAUACAGAGACAAUUAUGUAAAUGCGUUCAACGGUGAUCGAAUAAUUCACUUGGAUUUGAAAGGAGCACCGCCAUCGUUAAAUUAUUUCAAUCAGCUGUUCCCUUUACUGCAUUCGUUGAACGUUACCGGCUUAUUGAUAGAAUACGAAGAUAUAUUCCCGUACAGCGAUAAAUUCACACACGCUGCCAAUACGUAUUCGAAGGAGGAUAUCAGACACUUGUUAAAAUUGGCGAAAAAAUAUAAAUUAGAAAUAAUUCCAUUAGUGCAGACCUUCGGUCAUUUAGAAUUCGUGUUAAAAGUUUAUAAAUUCUUUCGUUUGAGAGAAGUGUUCAGAUAUCCGCAGUCCAUAUGUCCUAGUCAGAAUAACACUUUUGAAGUAAUCACUGGCAUGUUGGAUGAAGUUAUCGCUUUGCAUCCUGGUAUCAAGCAUAUUCAUAUAGGAUGCGAUGAAGUUUAUCAGCUAGGAGCGUGUCCUUUGUGUACUGCUAGAAUGACCGAAAAUCGAUGGGAUGUCAAAGGCUUAUUUUUAGACCACGUUACUAAAAUAGCCAAGUAUAUUCGUUCAACGUAUCCUGAUAUUAAACCACUCAUGUGGGAUGAUGAGUUACGUCGCAUUCCUGUAGAUAAUCUGAAAGAGUUUAAAAUCGGCGAAUUAAUCGAACCGGUGGUGUGGUAUUAUGACAAUCAAAUUCCAUUUAAAUUUUCAUUUUGGGAAAAAUACUCCAAAGUUUUUCCUGCUGUUUGGAUCGCAUCUAGUUUUAAAGGAGCUACUGGUCCAGAUCAAAUACUACCGAAUAUAACUUUCCACAUGGAAAAUCACAAAGCUUGGUUACGAAUCGUGGCAGAAUAUUCGUAUUUAAUCAAAUUCAAAGGAAUGAUGUUAACUGGUUGGCAACGUUACGACCACUUUGCUGUAUUAUGUGAACUUCUACCAGUCAGUAUUCCAUCGCUCGUCAACAGUUUGUUGAUAUUAAGAGGAUCCUCUUUAGCAUACACCGAAAUACCGAAAAAAGUAAAAGAUGUAGUCGCUUGUGGUAUCCGUGAGCAUUAUUUCGACAGAUGUAAAUUUCCAGGAGACGAUUUGUUUAUAGAAAUGAUAGCUUUUCAACGACUGCGAAAAGAAAUGGACGAAGUUUUGAAUAGCAAUUAUAUCAAAGGAUGGUUAACCGAACACAAUUUACAACAUGGUUAUUUCAAUCCUCUCUUAGUAGAAGAAUUAUCGUAUAAAGUACGCGAAUGUCAGGUGAAUUUGAAUCGAAGUAAAGAAAAAUUGGAAAGCGAACUAAACGAUAUUUACGAUUCGUAUACGGUAACUGAAUGGGCUGAAACAUUCGUUCAUCCGUAUUUCCAUAAAUUGGGACGUUUAUCGAACGUUCUUCACUAUAUCAUCAGUAUAACCGAAUGGUCUCCCAGGCCUAUCGAAAUAAUCAAUGGUAGAAAAGAUAAUUAGGUGAUAAAGAUUGCAGUUUACAAAAGUAACCUCGAUAUAGUCUUCUUGCUAGUCAGACUGAUUUCCAGUAAUUAUUGUUAAGCAAUUUUAAAUAGAAUUAAGAUGUGUUGGUUUAAUGUCUUCUACGUAUAAAGUAAGAUUUGAUUUUUUUUUUCUUCCAAAAAUUGUGUGUUUGUGAAAUGAUACGUUAGUUACAAUAUGGUACAUUAUAAGUAUAGGUAUCGAAAAGUGAAGAAAAGCAAGAAGAUAGCAAAUGCGCUUGCAAUAAUAGUAUUUCUCUGCUCGAUAUUUGUAAAUGUAAACCAUUUUUCUUUGUAAAGGCACCGAAAAUUAGUCCAUCAUGUAGUAAUUACACUUUCGGUGCAUAUAUAACGACAAAAUGAUUGUAGGUAACUAAUAUUGAUUUUAUUUUUCAUUAGUCUUACAUUUAUUUUCUUGCUUUUCAUUGUGAUUUUACAUAUUUGUAAAAAAUUUUAGUCUUUGAUACAAAAGUAUUUUUUUAACGAUUUUUUAAAAAUUUGAUUUUUUGCAUCAUUGUUUUUGUGCUUAUAUGUUAAGUAAUUCGAGUUUUCCUAUCGACGCGCUUCAUUUUUUGUUUGUUUGGA